AUGUAUACAACUUCAAGGCCAAAUACUAACGAACAAAGGGCUAGUAACCCUUUUGAGGAAAUGUCUAUAGUCCUGCCACCUGAGCAUCCACCAACAAGAUUAUUCCAUGCUGUUUCAGCUAAUAAGUUUGGCAUCUCUGCUGUUGUCGCUGGAUUUCUUUGUAAUUUUAUGGUGUUUGGAAUUGGUUUCUCUUAUGGGGUGUUGCAGGAAUUCUACGGCACCCCUACAGGACCACUUGCCGAGUACUCGGAUGCAAAGAUAUCCAUAAUUGGUACAGUGAGUACGGCCUUAACUUACAUCUGCGGCAUUUUCAAUAAAGCGCUUAUGCUACACCUAAGCCCACGGAACGUCAUGUUGAUUGGAUGCGUUUUGAUGAGCAUUGGGAUAAUUGUCACUGGAUUUUGCUCGAGCUAUUAUCAAUUUAUUUUGUGCUCGAUUGUUCAAGGUAUUGGUGGUGGGAUAGUUUAUUUGCCUCCGGUUGUAUGUGGGCCCGUGUAUUUCGAUAGACACAGAAGUCUUGCUAGUGGUGUGUUAUUCUCGGGGACUGGGGUUGGGGCAUUUGCAAUGGCUAAUUUAACCAAGUAUUUGAUCAAGCAAGUUGGAUGGCGUUGGGGGCUUAGAAUUUUGGGGUUUAUGAACCUUGGUGUCACAGGCGCGGCUAGUUUUAUGGUGGUUGAGCCAAAAUUGCCUAAUUUCAGAAGCGGAAAUGCUAUUUUGAACUUUAGUCAAUUGAAAUCACUCAAAGUAGUUUUACAAUUGAUGGGAUCGCUUCUACAGUCUGCUGGAUAUUUGAUGCCUUUGAUAUUCAUGUCAAAGUAUGCUGUCUCCUUGGGAUAUUCAAGUUCACAAGGAGCCUUGUUUAUUGGAAUAAGCAACUUAAUCAAUGCCGCUUCAAAGGUGUUUACCGGUAUGAUUGCUGAUGUUAUUGGGAGGAUGAACACUUUGAUGAUAUGCAGUAUUUUAUCAGCAGCUGUCAUAUUUGGACUCUGGCUACCAGCAGUAAAGGACACAUUUAUAAGCUUGAUUGUGUUGUACGGUGUGUUUUCAGGAGCGAUAAUUUCUUUGUUACCGCCUUGCUUGAUUGAACUUUUUGGUAUAAGUUCGUAUAGUCAGUUAAGUGGCAUGAUGUAUUGUGCUAGAGGCAUUGGGGUGAUGAUUGGAUCGCCCAUUGGAGCUGUAUUGAUUAGCGGCACUGGAUUAAAACCGGAAGACUACGCGAAUGCCGCCAUAUAUGAUGGUGUUUUGCUCAGUGCAUCUGCCAUAUGUCUAGGAUAUCUUUGGCUAUUGGCAUUCAGUGAUAAGAAACCAAAGAACUGGAGGUUAUAA